AUGAAGAAACAAAAGUUUAGAUUCUUCUCUUCAACCGCACACUCUGGUGUUAGGGUUUUGCAAAUCACCGGCAAGAGAGGAGAGAUGGCUCCUAAGCAACCCAGUACGGGUCUUUUCGUUGGAUUGAACAAGGGUCACAUCGUCACCAAGAAGGACUUGGCACCACGUCCCUCAGCUCGCAAGGGGAAAACAAGCAAGAGAGUUCACUUUGUGAGAAAUCUCAUAAGGGAGGUAGCUGGAUUUGCACCUUAUGAGAAACGUAUCACUGAGUUGCUCAAGGUUGGAAAAGACAAGAGGGCAUUGAAAGUUGCAAAGAGGAAGCUCGGAACCCACAAGCGUGCCAAGAAGAAGAGAGAAGAGAUGUCCAAUGUUCUAAGAAAGAUGAGGGCUGGUGGAGCUGGAGAUAAGAAGAAAUAG